CUCUGAUAGAUAUGUAGUGGUAAACAUAAGAUUGUUUAAGAAAUUGUAAAUUGACGAAAAUAUAUAUUGGUACUAAUUGUCUUUUAAAGUUGAAUAUUAAAAGUAUUUAAGAUGCGACGGCGUGUUGGUGGUGUAGGAGCUAUACAAAAACAUCAGUUAGCUCAGACACGCUUUAAAGAUAAAGGAUCGGAAAUAGCUGAUGAUCAGUUGCAGCAAAUGACAAAACAAAUGGAAACUUUCAGAACAAAUUUACAAGAAUUUGCUGGAAAAUAUAAAAACAAGAUAAAGAAAAAUCCACAAUUUAGACAACAAUUUCAAGAAAUGUGUGCAGCUGCAGGUGUAGAUCCUUUAGCAUCCAGCAAAGGCUUCUGGGCGAAUAUGUUGGGAGUUGGUGAUUUUUACUAUGAACUUGGAGUUCAGAUUAUUGAAGUUUGCUUGGCCACACGUCACCGAAACGGAGGGUUAUUAAAUUUAGAAGAAUUGCGUCAACUUCUGAUUAAAUCCAGAGGUGGUAUUCAAAAGCAAGAAGAUAUUGGAUAUGACGACGUACUUCGUGCUAUAGAUAAAUUAAAAAUUCUUGGUGAAGGGUUUCGAACAAUUACAUGUGGAUCAGUGAAAGAUCAUAUUGUGCAAUCUGUUCCUGCAGAGCUAAGUGUCGAUCACACUAAAAUCAUACAAAAGGCUGGUACAACUGGACAUGUUACUCUCUCUGCUUUAAUUCAAGAUUUUGCUUGGGAACAGUUGCGUGCUGAAGCUGCUCUUACCGAUUUAAUUAAAGAAGGUUUGGUGUGGAUAGAUGACCAGUUUGAAGGUGAACCAUCCUAUUGGUUUCCUGGGUUACAAAAAUUUUAAAUUUACUGUCUAAUGUUUCCAAUUCCUUUGCCAGUAAUAUUUGUGCUAAAUAGAUGAAUUUUUAUCUUUUGGCUCGAAAACGAGUAUACAAAAAAAAAAAAAAAAAAAAGGUGUAGCAUUCUGUUCCCUCAUUAAUGUCAUGUACACUGCUGUUUGCAAAGUUUUGAGGAAAAAUACUUUUUUUAUUAUUGUACCUACAUAUGCUCUUUAUUUCAUGUUUAUAUUUAUUAAAAUUUUAUAAAUGCCAUAUUCAAAUAAAAACAGAGCUAAGUAUAAUAAUGUAAUGUAAAAUUUAUUAUAUAUUGUAAAGAAGUGUGUUGAAUAAAAGACUAACAAAUGACUAA